AACAAUUGAGCGCUUGCUCAGAUCAUAUCAGAUAACAACUGUACACGUAAAUACGAAACAGGAAGUAAUAAUGAUUUUAACAAAGGAAAAGUUUGGCUAUUCGGUUUCGAUUCACAAGUUGCUCAAUCAUAUAGAAAAAGUAAUAAAAGGAAGCAUAACAGGGAAAAGAUAAUUGACUACGAGAUAUAACCUUUAUUUUUAUCUUUAUAUUCUGUGAGACAUUUCUAUUUGAUUAGCACUAGUCAAUCUCAAAGAAAUGUAUGGUGGUUCGAUAAACAAAAAUAGAAGUUUGCGUAAAAUAGAGAGGGCAGAAAGCAAACAUAAUGAUGGAACUAAUAGAUCUAUUGACAGAUGUCAAAAACGAACUGGAGAAAACCGUGCCACUGUGCUUAAAAUUAUUUCCAGAGAGUUAAAUCCUGAAAAUCUAUUGUUUUCUCUUCAACAGUUGCCUGAACGUUUUCCUGGGGGAAUAUUUUUAUUUAAUUUGGAAAUGUCAUAUAUCUUUUUAAAUCCGCCAAGCAAUUUUUUACACACAUUAGAAAACACAUUAUCAAGUCAACAAAAAAGCAUUUCUGAACUGUUUAAAGUGUACAGUACAUGCAAAACUGUUUUGGUUUAUCGGAAUACAAAAGGUAAUUUUCUUAUAUUACCGAAAAAUGUUUAUUUCAAAUCAAUAUUCAAACAACUAGGUGAAAGAAUGGAUAUUUAUCCACAGCCGAUCAUUUACCUUGACGAUAUUAUCAAAGGGGAAAGCCAUAAUGAAUCUUAUGCCUUAUGUGAAGACUGUUCUAAAGAAAAAAAAUCUGCACCUACAUUAUUAUCAUGCAAUCAUAUGGAAAUUCAUAGCAAUGCAAGUAAAACGAAAGAUAAGAAAGAGCAUAAUAUUUCACUGAAACUAACAAAAGAGAAGUUGUUCAACAGCAUUAAGAAAGUUCCAACAACUCGUUUUUCAAAAAAUAUUCCGAAAUUUCCGAAGCAGGUGACACCAAACGGUAAAACUGCUAAAGUAUAUCCAUCGUUUACCGAUCAAUAUAAAUUGCCGGUGCAACAAGUAACUGACGAAUCGGAAGGUGAACAAGUGAUUUCCAGCGACCAUUCAACUAUGUUUCAAGCUGACAUUUCUUAUGGUCUUGAUCAAGGGUCUAGAAGCUAUUAUAACCGUAAUAAUUCCAACGCACAGUCAGCACAAGGAAGAUCACAUGCUCCGCCUAGACAUCCAAAUUAUGCCAAUUGCAUUGCGAGGUUUCUAUCAUUCGAAAGAUGGACACACACACGUCCAGACUCAAGAACAUUGAGUGAAGCCGGAUUUUUCUUUACAAAUGACAGCGAUCUAGUUCGUUGCUUCCAAUGUGGUAUUGGGCUCAAAGACUUUUCAGAAGAGGACGACCCAAUGUUAGAGCAUGUUCGGCAUUCUAAAAACUGUCCCUUUCUUCCAGAAAUUCUAGGUGAGGCAGGCCUAGCUAGUUAUCAGGCACGUCUUCAAGCAACCGAUCCUGAAUAUAAUCGCCAACAACAAUGGACACAGAUACAAAGUGGUUCAGCACCGCGGAGGUCAGAAAUUCGGCACCCAGAGUAUCGAACAAUAGAAGCCCGUCUUAGAUCUUUCACAAACUGGCCGCAGCAUUUAACACAAACUCCUCAACAAUUAGCAGAGGCAGGGCUUUAUUACACCGGUUUUGAAGACCAGGUACGUUGCUUUGCUUGUGACGGAGGAUUACGACGUUGGGAUCCUGAGGACGAUCCUUGGACAGAACAUUGUCGCUGGUUCCCGGCUUGUCCAUUUGCUUUGGAACAGAAGGGAGAACAAUUUAUAGCUCUGGUACAAGCUUCUGUUGAGAACCAGAGUUUUGGUGCAAAUGCUGAUGCGGAUCAAGAUAUAACAUCAGCGAUGGCACUGCUAAGAUUAAAGGAAUCAGCUUUUGAAUCUGUAAUGGGUCAGCAUAAAACAACUUGUCUUGAAAUGGGAUAUACAGAGGACAUUAUAAAAGAAUCUAUUCGAGAACUUUUAGAUCGAGGACAAGAGAAACCAACGCUUGAGGAGAUAAUUGUCUUGAUAGAUGUAAUAAGAGAAAGAAAUUGUAUUAAAAAUCAGACAGCAAGUGCAAUCGAAUCACCUUCUGCGGAAAAUCAGCGGCUCAAAAGUAUGGUUUAUUGCAUGAUAUGUCACACGAACACUGUCAAUGCUUUGUUUUUACCAUGCACACAUCAUGAGGUAUGCAUGGCAUGUGCUGAUCCUAUUGACAAAUGUCCUGUUUGUUACAGAGGAAUACAAGAGAAAAUUCGCACUUUUAUGGUGUGAGCAUUGUCGAUUAGUGCAAAUAAACUUUCUUUAAAAAAUA